GCUGUCUCCAUCCCGUUCUCGAGGUGCCACGCUCGCUCCUCUGAAAGACCUCCUCCCAUCCUCGCCUGCACGUCGAUCGCCAGCCAGCUGAAGGAGACGCGCCUGAAUAAGAAGGAGGUCUUGCGUCGUCUCCAUUGCUCGGUCGAUCACCGGCGCGAAUCACCAUGUCUUUCACCGGGACGCAGGACAAGUGCAAGACGUGCGACAAGACCGUCCAUUUCAUCGACCUCCUGACCGCCGACGGUGUCUCCUACCACAAGACAUGCUUCAAGUGCAGCCACUGCAAGGGGACCCUGUCGAUGUGCAGCUACUCCUCCAUGGAUGGUGUCCUCUAUUGCAAGACUCACUUUGAGCAGCUCUUCAAGGAGUCAGGGAGCUUCUCAAAGAAUUUUACGACAGGUGGCAAAUCUACAGACAAGCCUGAUCAGUCAAAAGCUCCAAACAAGAUGUCCUCUAUCUUCUCUGGCACCCAGGAUAAAUGUGCAGCCUGCCAAAAAACCGUGUACCCAUUGGAGAAGCUAUCUUUGGAGGGCGAGUGCUACCAUAAGAACUGCUUCAGGUGCUCCCAUGGUGGCUGCACCCUGACCACCUCCUCGUACGCCGCCCUAAACGGAAUCCUCUACUGCAAGAUCCAUUUCUCACAGCUGUUCAAGGAGAAGGGCAGCUACAACCACCUCAUCAAGACUGCGCAGACAAAGAAAGAGAACGAGGAGGCUGCAGCUGCUGCAGAGACUGCAGACGGGGAGGCAGACGCAGAGAAGGAAGUGCCCCCACAAGAUGCAACAUAGAGCAAAGACUAGGAGAAAAGCAAAGAAAAAGCAGAGCCAAAUAUAUAAAAGAAACCUCCGCGAUUCUCAGAUAGUAAUUUGCAAUACUUCCUUCCCUGCUUCCAUUUUUGUCCGGCCUCUGAAACCGUGCGUUUUGUCAAGCUGGAAUUGUAUUAUUUCUUGACUUGUCACCUUAACAUGAAAUUAUUGGCUUGCACAGUCAAAA